GAAAGAAAGAAGAAAAAACCCAAAGGAGAACAAAGAAAUCAGAGUCUAUUUAAAGAGAAGUCGCCCCGGACCCUGCAGCCGUGUGACUCCCGGCUUUGCGCACCGCACACAGCUGCGCCAAAACCAGCCUGCCAGUGCACCACCGCGGCUCCCGACGCCAGUGAGGAUGUGGACUUCUCUAAUCGUGUGCUGCUGCGUCUUUGCGCUGCAAUGCCUCCCGAGCACGCUUUGUCUUCCAGUGCGGGGAUCCAGCAGGUACAAAGUGGCACCGGUCCCUGAAAAGUUCCCCGAUCUGAAGAAGAGGGGAAAGGUCUCUCACGCUCAGGAUUUAGUAAAGGAGAUGAGUUUGCCAGCCAACGCCUCUAACACGUGGAACCGACCUCGCUGUGGUGUACCGGACUACCCUGCCCAGAAGGAGGUGUAUUAUCGGGGGCGACACCGCCAGAGACGCUUCGUCCUGUCUGGAGGACGUUUGGAGAGGACAGACCUCACCUACAGGAUCGUCCGGUUCCCCUGGCAGAUGGGCGAGGAAAAGGUUCGACGUGUCUUUCGGGAAGCACUGAAAAUCUGGAGUGACGUCACCCCACUCACUUUCACUGAGAUCCGCAGCGGGAAGGCCGACAUCCGCAUCGACUUCACGAGGUACUGGCAUGGAGACAACCUUCCCUUCGAUGGCCCAGGUGGGAUUUUGGCUCACGCCUUCUUCCCCAAAACACACCGACAGGGCGACAUUCACUUUGACUACGACGAGUCAUGGACCCUUGGAAACCACAUGGGCACAGACCUUCUCCAGGUUGCUGCCCAUGAGUUUGGGCACGUCCUGGGCCUGCAGCACUCCCGCGAACCGGGAGCCAUCAUGUCCACAUACUACUCCUUCUCCUACCCGCUGAGGCUGAGCGAGGAUGACAAGCAAGGCAUCCAGUACCUGUAUGGAGCUCACCCACAAGUCCUGCCCUCGCCGCCACCCCCGCCUCCACCUCCAUCAAACCCAGAGACCAAUGAGAUCGUCACUAAUCCCGACGCCUGCCAGACAGACUUUGAUGCCGUGUCCAUGAUCCGAGGGGAGCUGUUCUUCUUUAAGUCGGGCUACGUUUGGCGGAUCAGGGACGGGCAUCUGGAGAGCGGUUACCCGGCGCUGGCGUCCCGUCACUGGCGGGGAAUUCCCGACAACAUCGACGCCGCCUUUGAAGACAAGUCAGGGAAUAUUUGGUUCUUUCAAGGUGAGAACUACUGGGUGUUCGAUGCUGAGAGGCAGAUCAGAGGGCCAGAGUCCAUCAGGAGUUUGGGUCUGUCGGUGUCUGGGAUCCAGGCGGCGCUGCGCUGGGGCCACGACCCCAACUACAACACCUACUUUUUCAAGUCAGGCAGCUACUGGAGGUUCAGCCCCCGCGAGAACCGAGUUGAGUCCAUCUACCCGCGCAGCAUGCAGGACUGGAGCGGCAUCCCCAACGAUGUGGAUGCCACUUUCAGGGACAUCUACGGCUACGCUCACUUUAUCAGAGGACGACAGUACUGGAAAUUCGAUCCGGUCGACAUGAACUCUUUGGAGGGCUACCCUCGCUACAUCGGCGUGGACUUUUUUGGCUGUAGAAACAUGUGAGUCUUUAUCCUAAGGAGAAUCAGAUUAUCAGAUUUUAUUGACGAUGAAGGGGAGUUUUUGGAGCAGAGACGUUUGUAUGUUCAAGAGGAUGAGACGAUCUCCUUUCAGUCUGGUUAUGCUUUACUCCAUUUAUUGAUACUCAGAUGAAUUACACCUUCUUCUCAGGAAAACCAAGGCAUGUUUCCUCAGACUUGGCACCUGCUGUGCAGCUAUACUCAUAUUUAUUUUGCACAUUUGUCACCAUAUUGCUGAGAUCUGGGCCCUGUAUUCAUGAUGUGUGAUGCCGAUGUGAACUGCAUCCUUCUCUCCUCCUGUCUUUGAGCCUGAAGUCGAGUACUUUGACCGAUUGUGGUUCACAGACAGAACCGGCUCAGGCGGUUCCAUUUUAACUGUAUGUUCAUCAUGGAUGGACUCGCUGACCCUCACGUGUUUGAAGAGUGACAUCAUAGCUGCAGGAGGUAGACAUGUUUGUUAUCUGCUGGCACCAAGUUAACUUUAGUUUUAAUGCUGCAACUUUAAACCCAGAAGCCACCCAACAUGAUAACCAAAACUUUCAGCUGCACCUUGCAACUUUCAGGAUGUGAUCACACAUGCUGUUGCUUUUCCUGCCAACCUGACUCCCAUUGACCACGAAUCAGAACAAGUCGCAUUGUUUUCAGUUGCUCUAUUAUCAUACAGUUUUGGAGACCCGUCAUAUUACCUGCAGGAAGACUUUGACCGAGCGUGCGGAGUGUCUCCUGCUCAGCCUUCAAAACAUUUGGAGUUUCCGCCCUGAAAUGAGUCUCUCAGGCAGGACUCACUCCUCCUCUAAAGCUUUGUGGUGUUACCAGUAGUCAGGUUUCCACCCAAAUGUACAGCUAAUUUUAAACAAAUUGCCAGUCCAAUAGUGCUGUGCAGAUAUUUUGAUUUGCGUCAACAACAGUUGUACAAAUUCUUCAGUCAGGUGCCAUCAAACCAUUACAGGAAAGAGGGGACAACAGAUAACCAUGCAGAAGACAUGACGGAAAUAUUGCAUUCCUGUUUAUUUAAUGUAUUAAUUUGUGCGCAGUGUUAGUCUUGUCAGCUCUCCACACAGAUCUGAUGUUUUCAUCACUGCCAGUAUAUUUUUUUUUUGUCAUUUUAGCUCUGACCGACUCAGUCACAUAUUUCACAUACAUCAUACUUCACUAAAUCUGUUCCCUGUUGGACUCUGUACUUAGUUUCAUGUCGAGGUACUGAAUUGAGGACACGGGAAACAGGUAAUGCAGGAUCUAGACAGCAGAUUGUGUGCACAGAGCAGCAGUGAGUUUGGCUGGCGGAGCAUCAAUAAACACCCAAAAGAUGCGAGAGAAUCCGCAGACAAAAUCUAUUCCAGCAACUCAAGAAUGGUAGUUAGAGAGUCAGAGCUCAGAAUACUACCAGAUAACUAACCUGUUUCCCUACAAGACUCAAUUCAGGGCAGUGAAACCCCAUAUCUGCUUCCACGUAGGUGAACAGUUUCCAGUUUCUUCUACACAUAAAGUCAGUUUGGAUAAUGUUCUCACUCUGUGUAAAGGAAUUAGUGAUAGGUGAGCACAUCCUGUUAUAAUUGCUGAUUUCAGUGUGCUUCAAGUGUUGGUUCGCCACUGUCUGAGGGAAAGUUUUCUAUUUAUAUUUCAUGUUUAGGCAAAUUGAGCCGAUAUACAGGUUUUCAGCAAGAAGGGAUGUGACGCUUUUCUCUGUUGUUGUGAUUUAGGCAAAGCAAAAGAGUGCCUGCGUUUGAAGAAGUUAGGCAUUCAUAUGGGAAGGAAAGGUGAUAGCAUCGCUCUGACGUGUUUUGAUGUCACUCUUCUAACAUGACGACACUUAGUUGUUGUUGAUCGCUCAUCUGUCUGCAGGCCUCUGUGGCAGUAAGAAGCUCCAGGGCGCCAUCUGGAGUGCAGGAGAGGAGUGUUAUUUCCUGUUAGAAUGUCUUUUGUGAAGAAGUCAUUGCUCAUCUUCAUCAUAACUUGGUGCUCUGUUCAGGCUGGUCAGUGUGACACAUUCAGGGACAGCAGCUGCUGCACGGAUCAGCGGCUCUCAGCCUGCUUAGUUAGUUACAUGGCUUUAACUAUAGUUGCUUCUCAGGCUGAAUUUAUACACCACACAGUGUUUAUCAUACAGAUUUGUUGCUGGGUAGAGGUGGUGGAAAGUACAGUUAAUCGGGUACAAUUUUGAGGUACUUGUACUUGAGUACUUACAUUUUCUACUACUUUCUACUCCACUACAUUUCAGAGACAAGUAUUUUUCUUCUACUCUUUAAAACCUUUACGAUUCAAAUUUUACAUCAAAAACAUAAACUCAUAAAAUGCAACACAUUAAGAUCAAAGGUGUCCCAAACACACACUACAUACUAUACUACAUACUAAUCAUCAUCAUCAUCAUCAUCAUCAUCAUCAUCGUCAUCAUCAUCAUCAUUUGUUAUUACUGUCAGUGUACAAAAACAACAUACUGUAAUGGAAAUUAUACGAUAUGUAUAUUGUCGGACCAUUUUGAAACCUAAAAAUGUUUUUCCUAAGAGAUUUA